UUCGACCUCGUGUGUGUUAAUGCUUGGAUGCUGGACCUCACACAAGCCGUCCUAAACUUGGGCUUCCUGGCCGGGGCCUUCACCUUGGGUUAUGCGGCAGACAGGUACGGCAGAAUAGUCAUUUACCUAAUAUCCUGUUUCGGUGUUGGCGUCACUGGUGUCGUGGUAGCCUUUGCACCAAAUUUCCUUGUGUUUGUGAUCUUCCGCUUCCUACAAGGUGUGUUUGGAAAGGGGACAUGGAUGACUUGCUACGUGAUUGUAACAGAAAUAGUAGGUUCAAAGCAAAGGAGAAUUGUGGGGAUAGUAGUCCAAAUGUUCUUCACCCUUGGAAUCAUAAUUCUCCCCGGAAUUGCCUACUUUAUCCCCAGCUGGCAAGGGAUCCAGCUAGCCAUAACGCUGCCCAGCUUUCUCUUCCUCCUUUAUUACUGGGUGGUUCCUGAAUCUCCUCGCUGGCUGAUUACUAGGAAGAAAGGAGACAAAGCCUUAAAAAUUCUGAGGAACAUUGCCAAAUGCAAUGGAAAAUAUCUCUCACCGAAUUACUCAGAGAUCACUGUUACAGAUGAGGAAGUUAGUAACCCAUCCUUUUUAGAUCUGGUGAAGACUCCCCAAAUGAGGAAGUGCACACUUAUUCUUAUGUUUGCUUGGUUCACAAGUGCCGUGGUGUAUCAAGGACUUGUCAUGCGCCUGGGGAUUUUAGGAGGCAACCUGUACAUUGACUUCUUCAUCUCAGGAGUUGUUGAGUUGCCUGCAGCCCUCUUGAUCUUACUGACCAUUGAGCGAUUUGGACGCCGCCUUCCCUUUGCCGGAAGUAACAUAGUGGCAGGUGUGGCGUGUCUUGUCACUGCAUUCUUACCAGAAGGAAUACCGUGGUUGAGAACCACAGUGGCUACCCUGGGAAGACUAGGGAUAACCAUGGCCUUUGAAAUUGUUUAUUUGGUAAACUCAGAAUUGUACCCAACGACAUUACGAAACUUUGGAGUCUCUCUCUGCUCAGGUUUAUGUGAUUUGGGGGGAAUCAUAGCCCCAUUUCUGCUCUUCCGGCUAGCAGCCAUUUGGCUAGAACUACCUCUUAUCAUUUUUGGUGUCCUCGCAUCCUUCUGUGGCGGGCUUGUGAUGCUGUUGCCUGAAACCAAAGGUAUUGCUUUGCCAGAGACAGUGGAUGAUGUGGAGAAACUUGGCAGUCCAUACUCCUACCAGUGUGGCAGGAAAAAGAAAACCCCCGUUUCUAGCUCGCGCCUUUGAGGCUCCCCUGCCAAAGACGAAAGGAAGCCGUCUAGGCGGACGUCUCUCAAGGAACCUGCGUGCCUUGCAAACACGUGUGUGUUGUCCAUUUUAGCCACAUGAUGCCGUGUGGCUCCAAGGGUUCGUCCUACUGCACAAAGACAUUUAAACUGCCCAGAGUAUUUUUAUAUAAUGUCGGGUCAAUUAGGAUUUAUAGCACUGGGGAACUUUCUGGGAGCACAGAGGAUGUGGCUGGCUUAGCAAAGAGCCUAUUGCGCAUACAGCUCCCCCUGAGUUUUUUCUUAAGUUGGAGCCGCAGCUAUGACCCAGUCAUAGAGGGACACAAGGAACCUUUACUACCAAAUCCUUGCGACCGCUUACUCCAUCAGAGAUGAAGGAUGUGCAAACCAGGGUUCUGGGAAAAGUGCACAGAAGUGAGUUCAUCAAACCUGAUCAAGGAACUAAAGCUCUGAGCUGAGUGUUCCGAAGACACCAGGGAGGAUGAAGAUUUGGAAGAUACUGAAUCCAAGGACCGUGGGCCACAUGGUACCGAGGCUUUCCUUUCCCUUCUCAUUUUGCGCCGUGUUGCCACCAUACACCUGGGCUUGUGGGCAUGCUUGGGUCUUGUUCCAUAAUCAUGAGCAAAUUGGCUGCACCACUAGAGGAUUUGUCUCUAUUAUUUCUUAAGCCAGACUGGGGCUGAGGUGAUUGAGCCACAUACUCAGUUCUGUAUUGAACAAAAUCCAUGGACUAUGGUUUCAUGGGUCUUAAGAUUUUAAUCUUGAAGGGAUAUUUAUCUUCUAUUUCUUGAGUUCACUUCUGUGAUGCUGCCCAUGGUCAAGGGUGAAAACGAUGGACUGUUCUUAUUCAACCCUGACACGUUUGACUUGUCUUGGUAAGCAGCGUGCAUCCUAAUUUAAAAGUAAGGUCAGUUUAUAGCCAUGUUAAAAGAAAUAGCAGAAGUUUUAUAAGUAAUGUCAUAAACACUAAUAAGGGAGUUGACCUUUCUUGUUACUGAGACUUUUGAAAGGUGGAGCUUACAUACAUAUCUGCUGCCAUUUUCUGCUCUUCUACUUUAUAUGUUAUAUUUGUGGGAUCUUUCAAUUUGGUAUAUAUCUUAUGCCGAGUUUUUUUGUGAAUUAUUUUGUGUGGACAGAAAAAUGGGCCCCAAGGGGACUCUUGCCAACGAAGAAGAAAAUUCUUCAUGAACACAUGACAAUAGGUACAACGUGUGUGCUAAGUGUAGAAUAAGCUUUUUAACCCUAAAAGCACAACAGAAUUGAAUAUGAAUGUUUUAUUUUCCCACGAAAAAACACUGCUCUUUGAGGAUUUAAUGCUGCAGCCACCCUCUCCUCAUGCACACUUCCAUUUUUGCUAUCUUUGCAAUUCUCUUUGCUGCAAGAUGACUGUUCCUCCUUGAUACUCUUACCUUUGAAUUGCAUUUUGAGGUGAUAUUUUGGUUCUGGUAACAAUAAAACAUUUUAAAUUGUCAAGAAAAGUCAA